UCGAGAAUGUUUCAGUUAAUUGCCUUCGCUGUGGCUUCGUUCGGGCUUGCUAUUGAAGCUUACCCAAGAAAGCCAGAUAUAACUGAGAUUAUUAACGGCACAAAUGUUAUAGCUGGCGAGAUACCGUUCAUCGUCAGCAUACAAACAUUGUGGGGCCAUAUAUGCGGAGGCUCAAUAUAUAAUGCAAAAACAAUCAUUACAGCAGCUCAUUGCUUGGGUGAAUCUGCAGACAGGUAUCAGAUAUUGGCUGGAACUACCAACUCCAAUGAUAGAAAACAUGGGCAGCUCAUCAGAGUAAAAAGUUAUACCAUCCACUCCGGUUACAACUCAUAUGCCAAUGACAUUGCUUUGAUUUUCCUGGAUGGAAGUCUGGCAUACAAUAACUAUGUUGCGCCGAUUAAUACUCCAAAAUCAUCUUUCAGUGGAUCAUCGGCUAUAGUUGCAGGAUGGGGCUUGACAGAACCUUGGACCACUGAUUCCCUGAUGGUCUCCGGUAGAAGUAAAUCGCUGCAAAAGGCAUUGAAAGAAGCUACUGUUCCGAUAGUUCCGCUGGAUGUUUGUCAAUCAUAUUGGCCGUUCGUAACAGGUGCCCAGCUUUGCACUGGUGGCACUGAUGAAAUCACAAGUGCAUGCAAUGGCGACAGCGGAGGUCCACUUUUCAGCAAAGACUCAUGUUUUAAUGACGCCGGAAGCUGUGGUUCUGAGUUACUUGGAAUUGUGUCCUUCGGAGUUCGCGGAUGUUACUCUGACCAACACUAUCCGGAGGUUUAUACGAAUGUUUUCGAAUACGUUGAUUGGAUUGUAAACAACGCUUAA